UAAUCAUAAUUAACGGUAACAAUUCUAAUGAUGAUGAUGGUGAUGAUGAUGAUGAUGAUGAUGAUGAUGAUGAUGAUGAUGAUGAUGAUGAUGAUGAUGAUGAUGAUGAUGAUGAUGAUGAUGAUGAUGAUGAUGAUGAUGAUGAUGAUGAUGAUGAUGAUGAUGAUGAUGAUGAUGAUGAUGAUGAUGAUGAUGAUGAUGAUGAUGAUGAUGAUGAUGAUGAUGAUGAUGAUGAUGAUGAUGAUGAUGAUGAUGAUGAUGAUGAUGAUGAUGAUGAUGAUGAUGAUGAUGAUGAUGAUGAUGAUGAUGAUGAUGAUGAUGAUGAUGAUGAUGAUGAUGAUGAUGAUGAUGAUGAUGAUGAUGAUGAUGAUGAUGAUGAUGAUGAUGAUGAUGAUGAUGAUGAUGAUGAUGAUGAUGAUGAUGAUGAUGAUGAUGAUGAUGAUGAUGAUGAUGAUGAUGAUGAUGAUGAUGAUGAUGAUGAUGAUGAUGAUGAUGGAAUAAUAAGUAGAAUAAGAUAG